AUGGCCAUUCAUUUCUACGACGAAAGCUCCAGCCCUCCAGGCGAAGAACUUGCUAGACUGAAGACCAGCUCCUUACUGGUACGUUCUGAAAUCCCUUUUGUCGUUUGGGGACAGGACGCCUUGGCCAUCGUUCAUCGUGUACCGACCGAUUUCUUCGACCAGCACCUUCUCGUGCAGGAUGAACGCGUUGCGGAUGCUGUUGAAAUAAUCUGCAGGGAACCUCGAUACUCUCCCAUCGACGCUGCUAGUGAUGGCAGAUGGGGGGACUACGCAAUGUAUAAUUUUAUCCAACCGUUUGCAUUCGACGGCACCCCGACUACUCUCCUACAACAAUGA